GUUAAAACGCCAUCUUCUUCUAAAAUUUUGCCUCCCAAAUCUGAAAAGGGGAAAAAAAAAAAAAGAAAAAGAAAAAGGAAAAAAUACACAGAAAAAGAAAAAGGGAGGGCUGAGCUCUCUGUUUUACGCUUUUAUAUAUGCUCUGUGUCUCUCUCUCGCACGGUUUGCAUAUUUCCAGGUUAAUGAAGUUGCCUAAUCGAUCUCCAUUCAAUUCCCAAGAUUCCCAUAAACACAACCUCCUAAAUCCAAAAUCUCUCGUGUUUUCCUGUCCAUUCUAGGGUUUCUUACUUUGAUCAUAUUUGCCUUUACUUUGCUUGCCUAGGGGUUUUAAACCAACCAAACAAAGAAACUACAAAGAAAAAGAACCAAAAAAAAAAAAUGGUGUUUGGAGCUCGGGCACUCAGCUAAUCGAGUUCUUCUAUCUCUGAUUCUUAAUUAUCUAUAAGUAGUAGGUUGAUAUCUGCUUUUUUUUUUUUUUUUGGUGGGGGUGUCUCGUGGUGAGUAUCUUUAGGAUCGGGGUACAAGUCAAGAUCUCAGCUUAAUUUUGAUGAUUGAAGGUGGUUAUGACAUUAGAUUAGCUUCAAGCAACCAAGAUCGAGCAUUGUUGUAAUGGUUUUUAGAAUUUAUCGUAAGGAGAGGAAGAAUCGCUGUAUCAAAAAUGCCUUUCGCGAAGCUCGACGACUCUCCUAUGUUUCGCAAGCAGAUGCAAUCCUUGGAGGAAAGUGCUGAAUUGCUAAGGGAGAGGAGUUUAAAGUUCUACAAAGGAUGUCGAAAAUACACUGAAGGACUAGGUGAGGGAUAUGAUGGGGACAUUGCCUUUGCUAGUGCUUUAGAAGCUUUUGGUGGAGGCCAUAAUGAUCCUAUUAGUGUGGCCUUUGGAGGCCCUGUUAUGACAAAAUUUACCAUAGCCUUGAGAGAAAUUGGGACAUACAAGGAGGUUCUUCGAUCUCAGGUUGAGCACAUGCUAAAUGACAGAUUACUACAAUUUGUCAAUAUUGAUUUGCAUGAGGUCAAGGAAGCAAGGAAACGUUUUGACAAGGCUAGCCUUAUAUAUGAUCAGGCUCGGGAGAAGUUUCUGUCACUGAGAAAGGGCACGAAGACUGAUGUAGCUACUCUAUUAGAGGAGGAGCUUCAUGCUGCAAGAUCUGCAUUUGAGCAAGCUCGCUUUAAUCUAGUGACUGCACUUUCUAAUGUGGAAGCAAAAAAGAGGUUUGAAUUUUUAGAAGCUGUCAGUGGGACAAUGGAUGCACAUCUUCGUUACUUCAAGCAGGGAUAUGAGUUGUUGCAUCAAAUGGAGCCAUAUAUAAAUCAGGUUCUGACUUAUGCUCAACAGUCAAGAGAGAGGUCCAACUAUGAGCAGGCAGCUCUUAACGAAAGGAUGCAAGAGUACAAAAGGCAGAUUGAUCGCGAGAGUAGAUGGUCUUCCAAUGGUUCUAAUGGAUCUAAUGGAGAUGGUAUACAAGCCAUUGGUAGAAGUUCACAUAAAAUGAUAGAGGCAGUAAUGCAAUCUGCUGCAAGGGGAAAGGUCCAAACCAUUAGGCAAGGUUAUCUAUCUAAACGUUCCUCAAACUUGCGAGGUGACUGGAAAAGAAGGUUUUUUGUUCUUGAUAGCCGAGGAAUGUUGUAUUACUAUCGCAAACAAUGUAGCAAAUCAUCUGGUUCUGGUAGUCAACUUUCUGGUCAAAGGAAUAGUUCUGAGCUUGGAUCUGGAUUGUUGAGUCGGUGGCUAUCUUCUCAUUAUCAUGGUGGAGUACAUGAUGAGAAAUCUGUCGCUCACCAUACUGUGAACCUCCUUACAUCAACAAUCAAGGUUGAUGCUGACCAGUCAGACUUGCGGUUUUGCUUCAGGAUUAUUUCACCAACAAAGAACUACACUUUGCAGGCAGAGAGCACACUGGAUCAAAUGGAUUGGAUUGAAAAAAUAACAGGGGUUAUUGCUUCAUUACUCAGCUCUCAGGCUCCUGAGAGGUGUCUGCCUGCUAUCCCAAUGGGAAGUGGUCAUCAUCGGUCUGCCAGUGAGAGCAGUUCAUUUGAAAGUGCUGACUUUGACCACUCUGCUGGUGAUGAAUUUACAUCUGAGAGGAGCCUUACUGGUGCACAUCUUCAUGAACGACCUUCAAGAAUUUCACAACAGCGAUCCAGUGCAGAGAAGCCAAUUGAUGUGCUGCGAAGAGUAUGUGGGAAUGAUAAAUGUGCUGAUUGUGGUGCCCCAGAGCCAGAUUGGGCAUCCCUAAAUCUUGGUGUUCUUGUUUGCAUCGAGUGUUCUGGUGUUCACCGUAAUCUUGGCGUGCAUAUAUCAAAGGUGAGGUCCCUCACACUUGAUGUCAAAGUAUGGGAACCUUCUGUUAUAAGUUUGUUUCAAUCUCUAGGAAAUGCCUUUGCAAACUCAGUCUGGGAGGAGUUAUUGCAAUCAAGAAGCACCCUUCAGGUUGAUCUCAUCUCCACAGGCUCGUACAAGUCUGAUAAAUCGCAGCUGCAUUUUAUCAGCAAACCCAGUCCAGCUGAGUCUAUCUCAGUAAAGGAGAAGUUUAUCAAUGCAAAGUAUGCAGAAAAGCUGUUUGUUCGCAAGCCUAGAGACAGUCAAUAUCCUCAUUCAGUGACACAACAGAUGGCAGAAGCUGUUCGUGCUAGCGAUAAGAAGUCUGUGUACCGUCUUAUUGUUAAUCAUGAAGCAGAUGUCAAUGCCGUGUAUGAGCAAGCAUCUUGUAGCUCUUCUCUAACCCUUGCUAGAGUGAUGUUACUACAAGAGCAGACAGGCCUUGAUCACUGCUCUAGCUGCUCAACAGGGAAUUCAUUGGACAGGUCCUCCACUAGCUCUUUAAAUUUGGCUGGUACUGGUGAAGGUGAGACCUUGGAGGAUCUUGAUGGGUGUCCCUUGCUUCACCUUGCUUGCGAAACUGCAGAUAUUGGCAUGUUAGAACUCCUCUUACAGUAUGGUGCAAAUAUAAAUUCAACUGACUCGAGGGGUCAGACGCCACUGCACCGUUGUAUUCUUAGAGGCAGAGCUGUGUUUGCAAAAUUGCUCCUUUUAAGGGGAGCGGAUCCUCAGGCUGUGAAUGGGGGAGGUAAAACCCCUCUUGAGCUCGCGAUAGAGUCAAAUUUUGUCGACACUGAUGUCCUCACUUUGUUGUCAGACUCAAAUGGGUGACAUGCUUAGUAAAGGAUAAUAAUUAAAGGCAAGUAACGGUGAGGUUGGGGAGUUAAAAAUUGAUAAUGGUAUUGCUUUUUCUGUAAGUGUAUUUUGUAAGUUGAAGAGCUGGUUCUCCAUUGGAGGUGUCUCAAUGUCUGAAAUAGAGGAGAGUGGUAGGUUGGCAUGCCUGCCCUAUGGGUAUCUAUGCAAAUUAGCCCGUCCCUCAGCGUUGUAUUUUAUGGUGCCCCAUCUGAGUCGACAGCAGUUGAAGCUUUUAGCGAAGGGGCUCGUGUAAUGUAAUGUGUUUUGCUUAAUCAGCAUGUUUGGUUCCUGACGCGGUGGAGCUGUGAGGAUUUAGUUUAGGGCAUUUUGUGUAUUUGUACAUUGGUCUAUUCUAGUGAAGCGUUCUUGUUGCUUUAACUCUUUGAAUGCAUUAUUUGAUUUUUCCCCCCUUGAUGCAUUUGAGACGGAACUUCCAUCACAUAUUUGCUGUGUGAUAAAUGAUUCCCAAGCUCUUUUAAAUGCAAUGAUGGUAUUUGAAUUUUAGAAA